AUGGGUAACUGUUGUUUAAAAGGACGAUCCAGAUUGGUUUGGGCUGAUGAUGAUGAAAAUGAUCAAUGGGUGUACUACUCUGACCCCAAUCUUGAACACAAAGAAAGUCUUUUAGCAGACGAAAAGGUCAAAAACCAUUCGAAAAGUCCCUCGGUUUCUAUAAAUGGAAAUAGCAGCAGCAAUAAUAAUGGGAAAACUAGAGAAGUGAAGAUUAAAUUGAGCAAAAAGAAGCUAGAAGAAUUAUUGGGUAAGGUUGAGAAUCUUCAUGAUAUACCUAUGGAUCAAUUAUUGGAUCGUUUAAUUGAUUCUAGUGAACAAUUCGAUAUCCAUGAUUGUGACGACCAUUAUCACCAUCAGCAUGCAUGGAAGCCCAACUUAUCCAGCAUUCCAGAGGAGAAUUUCUAG